AUGUCGAUGUCAUCGUACAACACGAAUCAGGGAAAUGAGCUGCUGCCGCUGCGAGGAACAGUCAAUCCAACAAUGCGCCAAAUGUUCGCCUCUCGUGUCCGCGACUCGCGCUCAAUCUCCGCCGAUCAAGCGCUCAUCCAUAUGAUCAAGGUGAUGAUGGGCACCGGCAUGCUGUCGCUUCCGCUCGCUUUCAAGCAUUCCGGCAUUUGGCUCGGAAUGCUCUUGCUCUUCGCCAUCUGUCUGAUUUGCAUUUACUGCACACGACAACUCGUCUAUGGCCAACAUUAUAUCACAUUCAUAAAACGCGAGCAGCGAAUGGAUUAUGCCAACGUGAUGCGAUGCGCCGUCGAAUUGGGACCCUCUUGGAUUCGAGGUCACGGCUAUCUGUUCAAACAAAUGGUCAACGUGAACAUGUUCGUCGCGCAGUUCGGCUUCUGCUGCGUCUACUUCGUCUUCAUGGCCGACAAUUUGAAGCAGUUCUUCGAUCAGACCUCCUCAAUCCAUAUCUCGCAAUCCGGCUGGAUCGGUCUCCUCCUCAUUCCGAUCAUGGGAUUGUGCACGAUUCGCGAGCUCAAAGCGCUCGCCCCACUCGCCGCCAUCGCCAAUUUCGUCUACAUCAUCGCCAUUGUCAUCGUGCUUCAGGAUCUGUUCUCCGAAUGGCACGAUUGGCGCUCGCUGCCGGCGUUCGGCUCAAUUUACUCGCUUCCAUUGUUCUUCGGAACUGUGAUGUUUGCGUUUGAAGGCGUCGCCGUGGUGCUCCCGAUUGAAAAUCAGAUGAAUGAGCCGAUUCACUUCAUCACACCGAACGGCGUUCUCAACACUUCCUGCUUAUUAGUCUUGUUCAUGUACAUGACUGUCGGAUUCUUCGGCUUUCUGAGAUAUGGCAAUGACAUCAAGGAUACACUCACACUCAAUCUUCCUCAGACUCCAUUCUAUCAAGUCAUCAAGUUGAUGUUCGUUCUCUGCAUUCUCGUCUCCUAUCCGUUACAGUUCUACGUGCCCAUGGAACGAGUUGAGAAAUGGAUUAAGCGGAAGGUUGUUGAGAACAAACAGGAGCCGAUGAUCUAUGGCGUUCGAAUGCUCGGUGUUCUUCUCACAUGUGCGAUGGCGCAAUUGAUUCCACAUUUGGCCUUGUUUAUCUCAUUGGUUGGCAGUGUUGCGGGCACAUCGCUCACGCUCGUCUUCCCGCCGCUUAUCGAACUACUCUGUUGUUAUUCUAGGCAACAGCUGACAAUUGGGGUUUGGAUGCGGAACAUUGGAUUAAUGUUGUUUGCCGUUGUCGGCUUUUCGACAGGCACAUACACUAGCAUGGUGCAGAUCAUUGAGGCUUUUGGCACUUCGGAUGUUUGA